GGCAGCAUGGCGGCCGUGGAGACCCGCGUCUGCGAGACGGCCGGCUGCAGCAGCGAGGCCAAGCUGCAGUGCCCGACCUGCCUCAAGCUGGGCAUUCAGGGCUCCUACUUCUGCUCUCAGGAAUGUUUUAAGGGAAGCUGGGCUACUCACAAGUUAUUACACAAGAAAGCAAGCUGCUGCAAUUUUGUUUUCUUUUCAGAAGACGAAAAAGCUAAACGUGAGGUUUCCUCUUGGACCCUGGAAGGUGACAUUAAUACAAAUCCCUGGUCUGGUUAUCGAUAUACUGGUAAACUCAGGCCGCAUUAUCCACUGACACCAACAAGGCCUGUGCCAAGUUAUAUUCAGAGACCGGAUUAUGCUGAUCACCCACUAGGAAUGUCUGAAUCGGAACAGGCUUUGAAAGGAACCUCUCAAAUAAAAAUCCUCUCAUCUGAGGAUAUAGAAGGAAUGCGAGUAGUGUGUAGGCUUGCUAGAGAAGUAUUGGAUGUUGCUGCCAUGAUGGUGAAAGCAGGUGUAACUACUGAAGAAAUUGAUCAUGCUGUCCACUUAGCUUGUAUUGCAAGGAAUUGCUAUCCUUCCCCUCUGAAUUAUUAUAAUUUCCCUAAGUCAUGCUGUACCUCCGUGAAUGAAGUGAUCUGUCAUGGAAUUCCUGACAGGAGGCCAUUACAGGAAGGAGAUAUUGUUAAUGUGGAUAUUACUGUCUAUCGUAAUGGUUACCAUGGAGAUCUGAAUGAAACAUUUUAUGUUGGAGAAGUUGAUGAGGGUGCAAGGAGGCUUGUCCAAACAACUUAUGAGUGCCUAAUGCAAGCCAUCGAUGCAGUAAAACCUGGUGUUCGGUAUAGAGAACUUGGAAACAUUAUUCAGAAACAUGCUCAAGCAAAUGGAUUUUCAGUGGUUCGGAGCUACUGCGGGCAUGGAAUCCAUAAACUUUUCCAUACAGCCCCCAAUGUGCCACAUUAUGCCAAAAAUAAGGCAGUUGGAGUAAUGAAGCCAGGUCAUGUAUUUACGAUCGAACCAAUGAUCUGUGAAGGUGGUUGGCAAGAUGAAACGUGGCCUGAUGGUUGGACUGCAGUAACAAGAGAUGGAAAGCGAUCUGCCCAGUUUGAACACACUCUUCUGGUCACAGAUACAGGCUGUGAGAUCCUAACCCGGCGGCUGGAUAGCAUUCGUCCGCAUUUCAUGUCCCAGUGAUAGUUUAGACUGAGUGGGUGGAUCUGAAAGAUACAUAUAUAUAUAUAUUUUUUUGUCUCUGUACUAUGCAUUUUAUUAAGAGUACAGAAUAGAGGGGGAUUUCAUCAUUUAUUUUGUUCUCAUUGACUGUAGAUGAGAGAGGAAUAUCUUGAAGAACCUGGCCCAGUGUCUGGAAAAGCAGAGAAGAAUUUAAAAUAUUUUCUGCUUUCCUCCUACCUACAACACUCAUACUAUAUUUUUCUUUUUUGUUUCAAUUACUUCUUUAGCAUCUUUCUUCCAAUUAGAUCUGCAGUUGUUUCUGUUGCUGCCAUGAUACUAGCUAGAAAAGUUUGGGUUACCUUUCCCACUGGGACUUGAUAUUUUGGGAUCCAGGUUUUUUCACUACUUCAGUGUGCCCUGUCUCUCUUGGUGUGAGUGACACCCAAGUUUUAAGCAUUUCUAGUUCUAAAGACAUGCUUUUGCUUCUGCAGAAACUGUUGUAAUGGGCUGGGCCUUGUUUAUCAGUUGAUAAGAGCUGUAGGGGAGAAGCAAAAAGACAUGCAUCUUGCCAAGAAUAGUCUACCCUUACCUUUAAUUCUGUCCCAUUUCUCUGCUGAUUGCCUCUUGUAAUUGUGAUUGUUGGUGACACACUGUGUUAAUGGUGGGACUUACUUCUGUUGCUGGGGAUUGAUAGUACAGACUGCCUACUGGGAAAAUUACUAAAUUCUGUCUUAAGUGCAGCUCCCUGGAACAAGCUGCUGCUUUGCAGAGCGGUGUUUGGCAGUCUCCUGCUCAGAAAGCUCAGUGAAACUGCUAUAUCUGACUUGACUAGAGAAAGGAAUGAAACAAGAACCAGAAAAAAAAAAGUUUCAUUGGAUCCCUGUGGAAGUUAACUGUGGGGCAUUUUCUAAAGGUACAUCCACAGUAGCUGUGGGGGAUUGGAUUUGCAAGACUUGUAAUGAGAUAAGUAUAUAUCUCAGAAAAAGUCUGAAUGUGAGAAGAGGAAGUAUCUUCAAUUUUUUCUUUCAUAAUUUUUAAACAGUUAAGGUAUUUUCCUCAAACAGUUGAGUGGAGUUUCAUGCUUUUGAAGUCUCAGGGGGACAGCUGUGAAAACUGAUCAUUUCCCUCAGGCUGGGUAUAGGGUGGGCGAUGAUAGUACAUAAACCACUUUCUUUUCUGUUCAUGUGUCAUGCCAAGCUGGAAACUGUCGUCUUAAGGAUUGUGGACUGAUUAAGCCUCUGUCUUCUCCUUUCCCAUCUUUUUCCCCUGCACACUUCCUUUUGAAAAAUCUUUGGUGUGUCUGCUGAGGGAGUCUAUUUUUUUUUUCCUGAACUGUAAUGAAAAUUAUUUCAGACCCCAUUGCAGAUUUCAGGUCUUAUACCACUGUAAUACAAGAAAUAGUUGAGCAAUGCAGACGUAUUAAAUCAUGCAAUCAUAGGCAUAAAAUACACCUUUUACAAGGUGUCUGGUGAAUCUGUUGCCACAUUAGACCUAACCUUAUGAGGUACUGCAUGCCCUUGGCUCCCCUUGGCACUGCGGAAUUUGAAUGGGGGAAAGGGGUUAGUGCUUCAUAGAACUGGACUCACUAUGUGUACUACCAAAUACCAAACUUGCCAGAAAAUGUCUUCUCUUCCCUGAGUGCCUCAGACCUCUGUUGCUGUAAGAGUAUCAGUGUGGUAACAUUUUCAUUACCUUUAUUUUUAAUUAUGCAGUAAAGUGACCUGAAAUGAUGCAUAUAGUGUGUAUGUGCGUGUGUAUGUGUGCGUGUGUGUGUGUAUAGAUUUUAACUAAACAGACUGUAGUAGUUGAGUGGAAUUACUUGUGUUGAAUGAGAUGUAAUGAGAUGACUAUCCUGGAGGUUUGCCCACCUUAUCACUCACCUGAAUGGUUACAACUGUCUUUUGUUUUCUGUGUGUGUAUGUGUGUGUGUAUGUGAUGGGAGGGGCUUCAUUUUUCAUCUAUAAAAUAAAAGUUGCAGCUGCUUUUAAUGGAAA